UAGAGUGAACAUCGUACAUGCUGAAGUCUUUAUCAUCAUUUCAGUGUCGGAAUACAUUAUAGAAUGUAUAAAAGUUUUCGUGAACAAAGGAGACCGAUUAAAAACCAUACAAAAACCGGAUGUAAGUCGUUAUUUAUCAUUUAUCAAAUUAUAAAUUAUUAAUUGCUAUUAACAUAGUUUAUCAUGAAAGUCAAGUUGAUUGUUUUAAUUUAUUCUCAACUUUAUUAAAAAUUAGAAUAAUGGAGAAAGUUCAACAAACAAGUAUAGAAUUUAUUAAAAACGAAUUAAUUCCUGAAAUGGUUCAUAAUCGAUGCUUCUGUGAUCCUGGAUCUCGAGAAUUUGUGGAGUUUAAUUCAGUUGAUGUAGAGUUCUGCAAAAAUUUGACAAAUAAUAAAAAUCGUGAAAUAUAUCGUGCAAAGGUUCAAAUUAAAUUUUCAGAUGAACCGAAGAUUUUUUACAUUAUAGUAAAACUCUUACCUCUUAAUAGUGAGAAUGACGAUCUUGCAUAUAAUUGUUUUCUUAAUGAAGAAAUGUUUUAUAAUAAAAUGACUGCUCAAUACCAGCUGGAUGUAUACCCCAAGUGCUAUGCAGCUGACAUGGGUCGAUAUGAACGCCCUGUCAUCGUUCUCGAAGAUCUUGAAGCUGCUGGAUUCAUACAAAGUAUAGUUAAAUUGGAUGAAGAUCAUUUACAGAUGUAUUUGAAAGCGAUAUCUAGGUUUCAUGGUCGUGGUUACAAGUUGAAGUAUAGUAAGUUGGAUAUAUUUCGAGAAUUCUAUGUCAAGUUGAGUGAAAUAAUGAUUAAAAAUGAUUACCAUAUUCAAUCGAUUAAUAAGGUAUUAGAUCAUCUGAGAGAUAAAAAAAGUCAACAGGAGUCAGGAGAAAAGAUAGUAAAAGAAGUUAAAAAAAUUAUUGGACACUUUCCAAAAAAUUUAGAUAACGAAAAUGAUGAAUCUUAUACGAUAUGCCAUGGUAAUGUCGAUCAAAAUCAUUUAUUUUUCCGUUAUGAGAAUAACAAACCGGUUGAGAUAAAAAUUCUUGGAUGGAAUCAGUUGAAAUACAGUUUGCCAGGAAUUGAUUUGCAAUUUAUCAAUUUACUUGAUUUCGAUAAACUAGUGAAUGGAGCUCUUAGUACCAGUAUAAUAAAAAAAUUUGAUAGUUACUUCAGUGUACUAACUGUUGAGUGUCCUAAUUUAUCUAAAGACAUAUUAUUGACUGACUUUGUAUUGAGUGUUAUUAAUUGUUAUAUUUUUCCAAGUAUAUCAUCGUAAUAUCUAGUUGCCAACAUGUUUUUUGAUAUUAUAUUGAAGAAUAAAAAAUUUACGAAUGAUGAA